GUUACAGUGGUGGAAAUGGGAGAAUCUUAUAGGGUAGCGGUCAUAGGAGCUGGCGUUGCAGGGCUUGUUACAGCCAGAGAGCUUCAAAGAGAAGGCCACCAUGUCACUGUUUUUGAGAAGGACUAUAAAGUUGGUGGUAUUUGGCUCUAUAAUCCACUGGUGGAGACCGACCCAUUGGGUCUUGAUUCGAAUCGUGAAAUAGUUCAUAGUAGCCUGUACAAAUCCCUUCGAGUGAAUUCUCCUAGGCAUACCAUGAGCUUCUCGGACUAUCCAUUUGUGAAGAAAGAAGGUGGGGAUCCGAGGACGUUUCCGGGUCACGAAGAGGUGCUCAGGUUUCUCGAGGAUUUUGCCAGGGAUUUUGGGUUGAUGGAGUUGAUUCGAUUUGGACAUGAAGUGAUUCAAGUGGAGCUAUCUCAUGAGGUGACUCACCAGUGGAUUGUUGAGUCUAGGGCUCGAAAGACUGAAUCAACUUGGGAACAGAAAGAAGUGUUUGAGGCUUUGGUUAUUUGCAAUGGUAAUUUCACUGAGCCAAAUAUUGCACAAUUCCCAGGUAGAGAUACUUGGCCAGGAUUGCAAAUGCAUAGUCAUAACUAUCGUACUCCUGAACAGUUUAAAAACAAGAUAGUGGUGCUCAUCGGAAAAGGACCAAGUGGCAUUGAUAUUUUGAAAGAGAUUGCCCCUCUUGCAAAAGAAGUUCAUCAAGCUGUUAGAACACCUGGAUUGCAGUCGUUAAGGCUGGAAAAUUAUAGUAACACAUGGCGGCAUUCAAUGAUUGAAUGUGCUCAUGAAGAUGGUAGGGUAAUAUUCCAAGAUGGAUCAACUGUUGACCCAGAUAUCAUUAUUCAUUGCACUGGGUUCAAGUACCAUUGUCCAUUUCUCAAGUCAAAUGGGAUAGUUACUGUAGACGACAACCGUGUUAAACCUUUAUAUAAACAUGUGUUUCCACCAAAAUUAGCCCCUUGGCUUUCUUUUGUGGGACUAACUUACAGGGCAGUGGUCUUUAGAGUGAUGGAACUUCAAGCGAAAUGGGUGGCAAAAGUUUUGUCUGGCACGGUGGAGCUGCCGCCCCAAGAAGCAAUGGCAUGUUCUGUUGAAGAAUUUUACAGUGAGAUGGAGAAUACCGGAUGGCCCAAGCAUCAUACACAUAGCCUUCAGAAUGACGAGGUUGAAUAUGUAAGUUGGAUUGCAGCUCAGUUAGACAUAAAGGUUCCCAAAACGUGGAAGGAAAUAACGUUUCAGUCGAUGUUGAAAUGGGUAUUUUAUUAUGGUGAAAACUAUCGGGAUACAUGGGAUGUUGACAAAUGGAUUCAAGAAAUAGAUUCCUCCGAUUAACUUCCGCAUACCAUAAAUCCUAUGUAUC